ACAAAGUAAAAACAAAAAUGGCCUCGCGUGGUAUUUGUUUUGUUCGAUCAAAGUGAGUGUUUUUCAAGCCCCGCUGAAGUAACGUUAACUCCUGCGGUUCCAUUUUUACGCGAGCUUCUUCCGCCGGAAAUGCCCCUUUGGCUGACGGUGUUCAUAGGCCGUAUUUCGCAACGCCAGUGAAGUAAUUUUCGCGUAACUCGGUGAUCUUGUGAACUCGUCUGCGCGCGUCUGUUUUACGGAAAGUUUAUUUUUUUUCGGUGUAUGUUUCUUUUUGUGCCACUCUGGAUUAUAAUUACUAAUGGAUGCGGGAAUGUUGUUGGUUCCAAAGCUGAAGUCGCUUCCGGGUCCCAGCUCCGUGGGGAACAGUGCUAUGGGUGGGCCUUUAUCAAAAAUGAAAAUAGUUGCGAAGGGAGUUAAUCUUCUGAAUCAGGAAGACAGUCGCGGAAAGCUGGCGGGGUGCAAUGGGAAUAAACAAAAACAGAGGCCGAAUCGCGAUGGUGACCUGAUUCUCGUAAUGGAACCACAAAAUCCAUCCCCGACCAAAUACUUUGAUCAAAAUGGAGUUCCCCUUAAGAAGGAAUCCGUUGAGGAUGGCGAACUGCUAAAGGAGCUUCCGAUAGGGAAAUCUUCCUCUUCAAAGAAGCGAUCAAAACUGACAAUAACCUGCCACAAGUGUUCCAGGCUGUUUGAGACAAAGAUUGAAUUUGAGUUCCACUACCGUAAAAGCUACAAUCAGGAGCCAAUUUACUGCUGCACAACAUGCGAUAAGCAGAUCUCCCAAUACAAAGCAUACAGGCUGCACAUUUAUCGGCACCUGAACAGUGCCAAUCAGAGAUAUACAUGCGGAACCUGCGCCAAAGUUUUUCACCAGAAAUCUGAUUUGAACAGGCAUGAGAACGUUCACGAGAGUCACAAUCAGGCGGCUAUCCUUGCGGAAGCUGCCGUCAGUACAAAGCCACAUCUGUCGGUCACGUCAGAGGAGAAGAUUAGCUGCGAUAGGUGCACUGCCGUUUUCGGUAGUCAGGCAGAGGUCCGCGUCCAUGUGAAAAAGAUCCAUCCUAUCCCGAAGCAGAUGAUCGAGUGUCCCGAUUGUGGUAAGUUUCUCUCGGCAGGGAGCUUGUACUCGCACCGGAAGAUCCAUUCGGAUGGACCAAAAUUCACCUGUGAAGAUUGUGAUAAGUCGUUUGUGCAAAAAAUCAACUUUAUUCACCACCGAAAGAAACAUCUUCCAAAUGAUGAGCGGCCGUUUCCUUGUGGGGAGUGUGGGAAAGCUUUCUUCGAAAAGUCCCACCUGCAAAGGCACCAGUUCUUCCACUCGGAGGAACGGCCGUACAAAUGUGGGCUUUGUGGCAAGUGCUACAAAACGGAGCGUUGCCUGAAGGUUCACUCGGCCGUUCACAAUGCAGACCGGCCGUUCGUUUGCACCGAGUGCAACAAGGGUUUUUUGAGCAGUUCGAAGCUUCGUCAGCACAGUAACAUCCACUCGGGGCUGCGCCCGUUCAAAUGCAAGUACUGCACUCGAGAUUUCACCAACUUUCCCAACUGGCUGAAGCACAUUCGUCGGCGUCAUAAGGUGGAUCAUAGAACUGGAGAAAAACUGGAUAGUGUUCCGAAGUUUAUGACCAAGAAGAAGGACAAGCCGACCGAAAAACCAGAAGCGAUGCUUGAAAAGCAAGAUUCUAUCCACCCGCUCAAGGAAACACCGCAACUAUCCAUCAAAGAGGAAAGUCUGCCCUUCGUCGGGGAGAACUCCAACAUCGAUCUCAAUCUGGUUUCCAAGGAUGAUUUGCUACAGCCAUUGAAAAUGGAAGAGAUGGAAGAUAUCUUCCUGGAGCUUCCCGGCGUAACAAUUUCAAAAAUUGUGGCCGAUGACGAAGACGCACAACACGCGGUUGAGCGGCCCAGAGGGGUUGCCACCUCCACCAGCACCGCCAGUGAGCCGUUAACAGAGGAGGAUGAAUCUGAGCCACUUAGGCCAACUGACUCAGAUUUGGUUGAUCCACCGCCUCUGGGCAUGUCCGAAGAUGAUAACGAGCUGUUCCAGUUUGGUUACGUACAACCUGAAUUUGAUUGUGAUUUUAGCAUUAAGAACGAGUUUUCCCUUAGAGCAGAGGCUGUUAAUAUGAUCCGGGAGAUCGAUUCAGCCAAUAUGAGUGAUACUUACGGUGCAUCAUCGGCACCGUCGGCAGUUCUGCCGGCUGCUACCGGCGCCCUGGUGUACGACAUCAACGGUGAACUGCCUAUUUUUCCAACCCUGAUCUCCAUCUGUGGUGAUGAGCAGCAGUUUCGACUAAUCAAUCCAAAUUUUAUACAUCUGCCUCAGCUUCGCAGAGGCAGCGGUUCCGGUAGCAGUAGCGGCACACCUGGCAAUAGUGCGCCCAGUGGAAGUGGCUUGAAGAUGGAAUCGCCGUAAGUAAGAACAGAUCUUCAUAUACCUAUCUAUAUCGAUAAUUUACUAGUGAGCAAAACUUAUUAAGCUUUGUGUGACUGGUAAGAAACCUUUCAAAUUGAACACACGUUAAGUUGAAAAUCUAUUUUAGUAUUAAGAAUUAAAAGGCAGAUCUCGGUUCGAUGGAAGCAUGUGCACUCCUUCGACAAGAACAGUUGGGCUAGUGAUUAAACAGGACGAAAUUUUGUGGUGAUUUACCCUUAGUGGGAGUAGAAUAAGAUUACAAUUGAACAAACCAUCGGAAUAUAAUUGGCGUUGAUUGCCGGAUGGAAGUUACAGAAACUUUAAUAUUCAUAAUAACAUUGUGAGAAGAUUUGACAUCCAUGUCCAAUCGGUAGAAAGUAUUGAUACUGUAAUAAUAUUUAAGAGCAGAUUAUAGAGGCAAACAGGAAAAUGAUGAUACAAAGCGUAACUCAGAGCCUACAGAAGACUGUUUUUGUAAUAAACACAAGCAAGCUGAAAGCUGUAAUGUAA